AUGAAUCAAAUUGAUUAAAAAUAUUCUUUACCUCCUCUUCGUAUGUCUGAAAUACAAGAUUUACUUCUAUAAUCUAAUGAAUAACAUAAAAAGGAUAUUAUUUUAAGUUACAGGGAUACAAAGAAAAAAAAACAAAAAGAAAUUGCUGAAUUAGAGAAAUUUAAAAUCAUCGAAAGAAAAGGUGUUAUAUCUAAUCAAGUUUAGUUUUCAAUUCAUAAAGUAAAUUGUAAGGGCAAACCUUAGGAAAGAAUUUAGAUAUAUUUUUAUGCAAAGAACCUAUGAUUGAUGAUUACCUUAAAAGACAUAUUAUUGAUCCUUAAAGAAAUUUAGAAAAGGGUCUAAAAGAUAGUAAAUAUGAGAUAAUAUUAUUUUAGUAAAGACUGGAAAAAACUAACUAUUAGAUGGAAGAUGCUUUGGAGAUAUUCCUGAAAACAAAUUAAGUAAAAAAGAAAAGUAAUCUAAUGAGUAUUGGAAUCAGUACAAUACAUAACUAUCUGAAUAAAGAUAUAAAAUACUAUUAGAUUCUCAAACUGGUUUGCAAAAAAAAAUAAAUUAAUAAAAUAGACUCAAAGCUUUAAAGAUCUUUGUACCUAAUAAUUAUUCACCUGGAUAUUUUGAUAAUCAUCCUUCAUAAAUUUUAAGUUAUACGUAUAUAUUAUAUAUUUAUUAGUGAAAUGCAUAAAUAUUCUUAACCAUAAAUUUGGAGUCCAAAUAGUUUCUAUGUUGAUUCAUUUGAUGAUAAUCUAAAUAAAUAAUUUUCAAAAAACAAUCCUAAACUCAGUCACACUAUAUCAAAAGAUUAAAGUAAAUAAUCUAUAAAGGUUGAUUGA